UGUGGGGGUGACUUGUGUCUUCCCCAUCGACCUGGCAAAGACCAGGUUACAGAACCAGAGGCAAGGUCAGCAGGUCUACAAGAGCAUGAUGGACUGCCUUGUCAAGACAGUUCGAUCAGACGGCUACUUUGGCAUGUACAGAGACCUGGUCCCCCUGGGAUGGUAUUGAAGGCUAGCCGAUAAGGCGCAGCCGCGCUGGAGGCAAAUCAUUAAUGGUUCUUACUAUAUUGCUCUAUUCCAACUACAGGCAACAUAUGUUGUUUUGCCAUCAAAGUGUCUUCAUGUCAUCAAUGUUCUUUCUGCUCCUUUCCUUCACCACUAUGAUGUGUCUUUGUAAGCUUUGGUUCAACUUGCAAACUCACUAAGAACCUUUUCCCAGUUUGUCACUGACUCGUCAACUCUGUCUUCUCUCAGGCUGGACUAAAAUAUAUUUCAUUAAUCAGCAUAUUGUCUGGACUGUAGAGCCACACCCACUAAACUUUAGAAGAAAACAUAGUUUUCUAUAAGCUGCAGAUUUAUACUUUGUGAACUGAGGUAUUUACACAGAAAUAUUCUGUAAAUGUUUAUUUACGUGUUUCCAAACGGUGGCUGAUCAAACAAAACAUGAGUCAUACGGUGUCUGUAAGACGGCUGAUCAAACAAGUCAUGCAGCCACUAUUUCUACUGAAUAUGAAGCAAGGACAGCAGUUGUGACUUAAACCUCCCAAGUGCCCCAAAUAAACCAAUAGCACACUUCAGCCUUCACAAUAAGAUCCCAGUGCGUUACUUCCUUUCUGACUAAGCUAACAAAAUAAGUGUCUUAGAAUGUGGUGUGCGGAUCGAUACCAGAUCUUUAUGCUCUGAUAUCCAUUCUUGUAUCAAAAGUGUCGAUAUUUUGAUACAUUAUUACAGGGGUGCCCUAACUUUUUCCACCAAGGGCCGCACAGUUAAAGGUCAAAGAAUGCGAGGGCCCUUUGAAAUGUUGAAUUACAAAAAUGCUAAAAGCAGAUUGUUUCAGGUUUGUGAUAUAAGUGACUGAUUACAUUAUUAUUCAUUAUUAGUUAGAACAUUUCAGCUUAACCUGGUGUCAAAAAUGUUUAUAGUUGUCAUUUUUCAAAUUGAUUACUUUAUAAGUUUGUAUUUCAUUUUUUGAUUAACUAACUCAACGUUUAUAUUUUAAGUGUUUUUUUUAAUUCUGAGCGCUUAAUAUUUUAGACAAGGGGUGUCAAAACUUGUUUAGUUUAAAAAACAAAACAAAAAAAAACGGAGGUAUAUUUGUAUCCUAUCAGUGAUACCAGUCUGCUUUUUAAAAUAAAAUUUGUGAUCUUACAUGUUUACAGACAUAAUACUUAAAUGUCAUUUAAUGACACUUUUCAAUAACAAUUCCUUGUUUCAAAAUGACCCUUUGGAGUUUGAAUACACUGCAGUUGGAAUGUAAAGUUAAAGUGUAAGAAAGAAAGAAAGAAGCAUGAUGUCCAGCCCUGAUCACUAACUUCUUUUAUUCUGCUGUCUUUCACCAUGUUGGUUGUUCAUCUUUGCAUCCAUGUCUGUCUCCUCUACUCUUAUCUUUCUACUCAAUGUUGAUUCUCUUCACAUAGGACAUAUUAGUGCAGUAAUGAUAAUGGUGGGCAAGGUUUGUUUUGUUGGAACGCCCAAAUGAUUCUCUCCCUUUGUCCUUCCUCAGGCGCCGCUGUCAACCUGACACUGGUGACUCCCGAGAAGGCCAUUAAGUUGGCUGCAAAUGACUUCUUUCGACAACACUUUGCAAAAAAGGGCCAGGGCUUGACUGUCUUCAAAGAGAUGCUAGCUGGUUGUGGUGCAGGCAUGUGUCAGGUCAUCGUCACCACACCCAUGGAGAUGCUGAAGAUCCAGUUGCAGGAUGCUGGCAGACUGGCGGCCCAACAACAAAAGCCCGUAAUGGCAUCUCCCACCAAGCUGGUGGCCCCCACCACUCUGCUCAGCCGGUCCUACAACUCCUGCACCGCAGCCACGCCUCCGCGGGCCGUGUCGGCCACGCAGAUAGCCAAGGAGCUCCUCCAGACUCAGGGUAUCCAGGGCCUCUACAAAGGCCUGGGGGCAACACUGAUGAGGGACGUCCCCUUCUCCGUGGUCUACUUCCCCUUGUUUGCUAACCUCAACAAACUGGGCCAACCAGGUCCACAGGAGUCCUCACCCUUCUACUGGGCCUUCCUCUCAGGCUGUGUGGCAGGUUCUGCUGCUGCCGUGGCUGUCAACCCCUGUGAUGUGGUGAAGACCAGACUGCAGUCGCUGACCAAGGGCUCCACCGAGGAGACUUACAGCGGAGUAGUUGACUGUGUGAGUCAAAUCCUGCGCAAGGAGGGGGCGUCGGCCUUCCUGAAGGGUGCUGCCUGCCGGGCCCUGGUCAUCGCCCCGCUCUUUGGAAUCGCCCAGGUCAUGUACUUGGUGGGUGUUGGAGAAUACAUCCUGGACAAGUGUCCAUGAGACCAAGUCCUCCUGAAAGCCCAGAAGAGAGCAGCAAGUGGCAGCUUCCUGCUUUCAGUUGACCUCCCAGAAGAAGGAAGACUAUGGUGACUGAAGUCAGGUGGCCAUGGUCCACACUUGCACUGGAAACCUGUGGCAGCCUUCCUGGCUCCACUGACACUCUUAGUCCUCUUUGCUCCUCUGAUGAAGACCAAGGAACUAGGAGCCACCAGAAGUUAUUUCCUGUCAGAAUAUUCCACUUGUGUAGUUUGUGUUGUCAUGUUACAGUGAAGAUCUCCUUACAUCAUCAAAGUUUGCGUGAGACAUCAAUGUUUGCGUGAGACAUCAAUGUUUGCGUAAGAUAUCAAUGUUUACAUGAGACCAUGCUGCUGCCAAAUCAAUCGUGAAUCCUCAAAGAUGCAGCCAUGCACGUUGUGUGUUACAUUGUGUCUUUAUCAAUGUUACAUUGUGUCUUUAUCAAUGUUACAUUGUGUCUUUAUCAGUGUGUGUUACAUUGUGUCAUUACAUUACGUAUUUUGGAAUGUGUUCCAUUGUCUUUAUGAAUGUGUCCGCAUCAUCAGGUCCAUUUCUUAUGCACAUUGUCAUCAAAGUCCUGUCAUCCAGGAGCAAUGCCUUGGUGAAAUAUGACUGAAACUAUUUUUGUACUGUUUAUGAAGGUAUACAUUAAACAUGCAAUACACUU